AUGAGUUCCCCAACGUGGUCUGUCUACGGGGGCGAAUGGGCCGGCCUCUGCGAUGACGCCGAGAGCAUCCCACCGGAGCUUACCUUGAAAGGGUGUGGGCUGCGCCAGAAGUGCCUUCUGCAACGUGGGGCGCAGGGUGCCGUGUACCUGGGUGAAGACGCCAAUGGAAACGUGUUUGCGGUAAAGCGUAUUUUUACGCAGCGCAAUGAGUCUGGGAUUCGAGGCGUCUCGGAGGGAUCACUUCGGGAGGCCACACUACUUACCCACAUCGCCGAAAAGUCAAAGGCACUCGGUCGCGAACCUCCGUUUGGAGUCAUCCGUUUGGAAGGAGUUGUGGAGGCCCCAUUCCAAGAACUGUGUCUCAUUCUGGAACGGUGCACGUUGGAUUUGUCGUGGAUAGUUCUUUACAGGGGAAAACGAUCGCAUGGCGCCGCCGCCUCCUUCCCAGAGCCUCCCACUCGAUGCCCUAUUCUCGCCAAGAUGCAUGUCAUUCAAUACCUCAUGCGGGGGAUCCUUGAGAUUCUUCGCUACCUCCAUGAGGAGUGUCACAUUAUCCACCGAGAUGUGAAGUUAGCGAACCUACUUGUGGGGGAGGAUGGACGUGUGCGUCUUAGCGACUUUGGUAGCGCACGGUUGAUGCAUGAAGUGGCGGAGGAAAUGCCUGAUGUGAAGUCUGCCGAGUACACGCCUACGUCUCUUCGGACGACCGUGAUUUACCUGGCCCCUGAGUGUCUCCUGGGUGAGCGAUGCUACACGGCGGCUGUGGAUGUGUGGGCAGCCGGGGUUGUCUUUGCGGAAUUACUCUUGCAACAGCAUCUUUUUCGCGGCUGCAGCGAACUGGAAAUGCUCUCCGGCAUCUGGAAGCUCCUCGGCACUCCCUCCGAUGAUCCAGCCUCAACUGCAGGCGAGCAGGCCGUUACGUAUGCUGUGCGCCUAGAAUCGACCCUCGCGCUGAGGUUUCCCGAAAGCAUUGUUUCCUCAGAGGGCCUAGAUCUGCUUAAGCGCAUGCUUGAGCUGGAUCCGAAGAGGCGCAUCACCGCCGCUGAGGCUCUUCGUCACCCUUUUCUAAGCGGUCCCGCAGUUGAAUUGCACCAGGCAGAGGCCCGGCUACUGUGGCAAAAUAAAGUGGAGGCGUGCAUGAAGGAGGCGGCGGCGCAGCCUGAUAGAGUGGGAAUGCAUUCCUUUUCUCUGGGCGAUGAUGCAUCUAAUGAAGGGAGUGACGAGAGGGAGAACGAUGAUAACUUAUGGGGCUUGUGA